AUGUCCCAAAUCGUAGAAAUGGUGGACACCCCUGUCGAGCAAGCCAUACUCCCUCUGAUUGCAAACAGAGCGACAGUUGUUCAAGCCCAAGCAACGACGCCAGCCACGUUGGAACCUUCCAUCGAAUACCUCGAAGCCACUGUUGAAUCGGCACUUGCCUCUUUUCAAACUGCCCAAGGAGAGGCAUUUGCAUCGCUACAUCGUUCGCUACAACCUCUGAUCGCAAAAGCAAAAGCGGACGAGGCGACACUUGAGAAGCGAAGAAAGCGGAUCGAUGUGCUCGAGCCACAGCUGUUAGAUAUGGAGAAAAGGAUGACAUCGUUAGAAGAAGAAGUUGCUCUCACUUCCGCAAAUCACAUUCGGGAAAAAGAUAUGCUCGAAGCCGCGUUGCGCUCGGAACGCGCAGCCAUCGAGCGAUUGGAACGACGCAGUAUCGCAUCCGAGGAGGCGGAGCGAGAACUAAGGGAGCGUCUUAAAGCGAGAGAAGAGAGUUUCGACCGAUGCUUUGCCGAUUGGCGAGCAGCAGAGGACAAGCUGUCGAAAAUCGAAACAGAAGUCGGUCAACUCCUAUCUCAGAUCGCAAUCGCCAAAGAAGAGAACCAAGCUCAGAAGAAUAAUUACGAUGAGCUUGACAAGAUGGCGUCUCAGCAUAUCCAAGUUAUCGCCAAACUCAAUGAGCGUCUCACGGCUGAGACAACUCGCGCAAACGAUAAAGAACUCAACCUCGAAGCAGCUCACGAGAGAGUUGUCAGUACGCUUCGCCGAGAGCUUGAAGAAUCGCGAGCCAAACUUCUCGCCGAAUCUCUAUCGACUUCGAAGCUUCGGAAUAGCUUGGACGAACUGAAGGCGCGACUCGCUGGAGUCGAGGUGCAGAAAAAUGACCUCGAACAGCGCCUUAUCUGUAUUACGAGUGACUGGGAAAGCGAACUAGCCGAGAAGGAGGCGGAGGUGCAAAAGUUCAAAGGGGAGCUUCACCAGACAGCAAGCCUGGCUAAGACCAUCGAGACGCGUGUUUCUAUCACAGAAAAAAGCCGAGCGGCGCUGGGUAGAGCGCUAGUCUAUUCGGCUGCAGUACAGGAUGCCCAAACCAUGGCCCUUCAGCGGCUUCAACUUCGCUCGUCCGCACGGACCUACGCGGACAAACAAAGGCGUCGCGCUAUGGAGAAAGAGCACAGUGCCACCCUCCGUUCCAAAAACGAGGUCCAUGCGGCCAAGCUGAAAAGGUCGGAAAAGGAUAAUCUUUCCCUCUCCAGUACGCUUGCGGCCGUCCAAGAGGAGCUCGAGGCAACAAAGAGCGAGCUUGAAGGAACAAUUCAGAGACUAAAGGAUGUGGAGGAACCCAAGGCAAAUAUGGCUGCUUCUGAUUCAUCGGUGGCCAGCCUAAGCCCUGUUAUUACUGGUCCACUGCUCAUCUCCCUUCGUUCCCCCACCAAAGAUCCCACUAUGGAUUCUUACCAGGCCAACGUUGAGCUGUCAAAGGUCCAGGGGGAGUAUGCAGAGUAUAAGCAGCGUACAAAUCGACAAUUGGCCAUCUUACAAGAAAAGGUCUAUGCAUUAUCGCACCCUCAGACCUCUGAGCCUGACGUCAUCGCCAAUAUUCGGCGCCUCGAAGAAGCGAAUCGCCAAAUGGAGCGACGAUUGCGGGACGCCGUCGAGGAGAAUGUAGAGCUCCGGGAGCGAAUCGAACGUUUUGACGAACUCGAAACAACUCUCAAAGCUACGAGGCAAAUUCUCAAAGGGGCAGAGACACGGUUACGGGAGGCUGUAGACGAGAACGCCGACCUUCGAAGAAGGGUAGUGUCGUGA